AUGAACGCUCUCGAUUUCCUAGUCGACUUUGCAGCCAGUGUUAGCACAUCAGAAGCUUCAAGACCAGGUUCUGAUGGGGGAAAUGUCAACCAUAAAAUCGAUACUACGCGCAUGAAAGUACAAUCCGCAUCAGAAAUGUGCAUUCCCAUCUCGGAGGAAUCCUUUCCUGUCGACGGAAGGCGACCUGUCGAGACGAUCCAACUCCAGUCCAGCAUGGCACCAUCUUCAUCGCAGCAGACCUUCCCAGCCCACAUGGUAGACCACCCCUCCUUGACCGCUCACUGUCACAACACAUACGAGGGGUCCUUCGCAAUUUCUCCAGAGCCCCACAUGAUUCCAUCUUUCGACCAAUUCCUCUAUGAGCAUGCGCGCCUUGGGCUUCCUCGAGUAACUCCCACCGAGCUGGGUUACUACGAUUGCGACUGCGAGAGACUCCACGAUUGGGGCUUAGGCUAUGAGACGAGUUAUUCGCUACCUGUGGAGCCAACGUCAUGGCUUCACGUUCAGCCACAAUAUCACCUACCGAAUCACGAUGCACGGUAUUUGGAGACACAUUACACGCUACUAGCGCAAGAAGUUUCGACGCAGCCAUCGCAGUGCAUAGCCGCGACUUGCCAUUACGAACAUCCUCAGCCACAUAAUCAUGUUGUUGGCAAUAUCCGCGCGUUCGCAACGCACAUCUGGGGGCCCCAUGCAUCUGUUCACGAUAAGAACAUCUCGAAAGACGAUGAUGAGUGGCUGUGGGUAAGCGCUGGAAGAGAUCACGAGAUGAGCCGGAUCUAA